CGCAACUCCUCCGUCUCUGAUCGCAGCCGCAUCCACAGCAGCAGCCCAGCCCAGCUCCAGCAGGACCGGCGCAAUCCACACCGCAUCGCCGCAUACUCGUGCCUCCAUCUCGCACCGCCGGAUCAGCCGCCAUGACCGACUCCUUCAACUCCAACUUCCUGCACCUCAACCUGCCCUCGAGCACCGGCUUUGGCGUGUCAGUAGCCCCUCUCGUCCUCUUCUCCAUCCUGGAUCACCACCUCCGAAAGGACGAUGCACAGCCCCGAGUCAUUGGCGCUCUGCUUGGCUUCCGCUCCGAAGACGGAUCUGAGGUCGAAGUUCGAAACUGCUUCCCUUUGAGCCACAACGAGGCCGAGGACCAGCAGGUUGCUAUCGAUACCGAAUACCUCGCACAAAUGUACAGUCUUCAUCAGCGAAUCAACACCCGGGAAGUCAUUGUUGGAUGGUACUCGAGCGGUGUCGAGAUCAACGAAAACUCGGUCUGGAUCCACGAGUUCUUUGCCAACGAAACAGCUCCCCUUGCCCCCGUUCAUCUGGUGAUGGACACCACCCUUUCGAAUGACAAGCUUGGCGUUCGCAGCUACAUCAGCUCCCCCAUCGGUAUCUCCGGCGGCCCCGACCAGACCCCCGGAAGCAUGUUCACCCAGAUUCCGUGCGAAGUCAAGUACUGCGACGUCGAGCGAAGCGGCCUGGAUGUAAUCUCGCUGGCCAAGUCCAACCCAGACUCGGCGUCAAGCCUUCUCUCGGAUAUGGACAACCUGGAGCGCUCGAUCUACCAAAUCCAGGAUAUGAUUGAGACCGUUGCGAACUAUGUCGACCGAGUCCUGGACAGAUCGGAGGUCGAAAACAACGUUAUUGGUCGGCACCUGAUGGACAUUAUCACGGCCGUGCCGCGAAUCGAUGCCGGCGAGUUUGAAAAGACCUUCAACAGCCACUUGCAGGAUCUGCUCAUGGUUGUCUAUCUGGCCGGCCUCACAAGAACCCAACUGGCUAUUGCCGAGCGUCUGCAGAACCUGGUUUGAAGAAGAGGAGGUGCGGAGCGGCGAGGGAUAGGCGGCCCACUGACUCGACGGUGUCGUUUCCGGCCUGUGCUGCUGGUCCUUGGCAGCUAGCGGCCAUGCGGAGCAAAGCAGCUCUGCGGUUCCAUUUCAGGCUCAAGCGUGUGAAUAUAUAUUUGUCAAAUGCACAGGAA